UUUGUUUGUAAACCAAUCGUCAGGUGUUUUAGAGUUUUGAAAAGUUCGGAGUUGAGUUCCAGUCUGCUGUGGAGGCUGUGGAACUGGGGAAACGCUCCAACUUUAAAGAGUGGGAGGAUCAAUUAAUGAAAGAACAAGAGAAACUUGAUUUAAAGUUCCAAUCGAAAAUAGACGUUUUAUUAUUUCUGGGAGGAAUACCAUAAUGACAUUUCUGCGAAUUGAUUUCUUUUUGAUGGAAAAAGUUUGUAAAGGCGACAAAAAUGGAUCUGGGACUUUUGGGAGCUUUGGCAGUGACUAAAGAGCCGCGGCAUUAUGGGGAAAAAAAACUGCCUCUCCACACAUUACAGUUGUAAUAAGGAUAAUCAGUGACAGGACUUUUCCUGCAUGCCUCCUCCAAUCGGCAGUAAUUUGAUCAAAUCGGCUGCACUAGCGUGCAAACACUCAGGUGUUCACAUCACCAUUCUGCAGAAGAAAGGUUUAUUUUCCUCCAGAAAGGGGUUUAAUUUUCAGUUUGGGUUUGUAAUACCAGCAUAAAAACAGUGUCAUAACGACAUGAAAGCAGUGUAAUCUCUUGACUCCUGUAUUUGAACACAAUUUGUCCGACUUCUCGAUCAUCUGAACAUGCUGGUUCCAGCUGAUCUGUGGGUUUUCGUAGUUCGCCUGCUCUGUAUUUUAUUGCUCGCCUCUGAUCUUCAUGGAUUUCUUCAGUGUAAAUCUUUAUCGCUUUUCGAUUGUCCCGACAAACCACCGCUCCCUCUUUCCUCUUCGGCACUUUUGCAUCGAUUCAGAAGAGCCGUUCAGCCAGGGACCUCGUUUUCUGGCAACAUUUCUAGAAUUGCUCUUGUUUUUAUUGAUUGUGUAUUGUUACAGGUUGUUUUUGUUCCUUUCCAGAUUCCAAUCCGCCAAUGAGCCGUUGGUUCCCGUAGUACCAGCCAUGGCUGCCCAUCGAAUCGUCCGAGCCAACCUUGUCCUCCCCCGCUGCAAGUCCGAGGGGGCACUUAUCGACCUCAGCGACGGGGUCACUGGAGCGAGCCUCGGCGAUGUCAAAGUGCCUUCUCCCAGUGCCUUAAGGCUCGACACCCAAGACUCCUUGGGAGAUGCACAAGAAGUGGUCGCUAUCAAGGACUACUGCCCCAGUAGCUUCACCACGCUCAAGUUCUCCAAAGGGGACCGCCUCUUUGUUCUGGACACUUCAGGCGGGGAGUGGUGGUAUGCUCAUAACAACACAGAAAUGGGGUACAUUCCAGCUGCCUAUGUCCAGCCCAUCAACUUUAGGAACUCGUCGUUAAGCGACAGCGGCAUGAUUGACAGUGUUGGGGAGGAGUACGGGUCAAAAGAGUUUGGAGGCCUUGGGGAGUGGAUGGGAAUAGGUCAGAACUGCAAAGACGUAAGGAACUCUGUGGAUCUGAUUCUUUUUGACUCCCUUGCCUCCCCGUCGCUGUUCUCCAACACAAGUCCGGUCACAAUCAAUGACUUCAACAGCUGUCAUAUCGAUAAUGACAACUCCACAAGCCCCAACCAGGAAGUAGCAUUUCAAUUCCAAAGAGACAAUCCGUUUUUCAAGAGUAAGCGGUCCCACAGUCUGUCGGAGCUGUCCGUCCUUCAGGCGCAGUCGAAUCCAGCCUUACCUUCAUCCGGACACUUCUCAGGCCUUCAGGCUCCUUCGCCAGAGCAGUUCCAGAGCAGAGAGGACUUCAGAACCGCCUGGCUAAACCACAGAAAGCUUGCCAGGUCUUGCCAUGACCUCGACUCUUUGGGUCAGAGUCCUGGGUGGGGUCAGACGCAGCCUGUGGAGACCAACAUAGUGUGCUGUUUGGACAGUAACGGAGGGGUUGUUCAGCUUCCAGACACCUGCAUCAGCGUGCACAUCCCAGAAGGCCAUGUUAGCCACGGAGACCACCAGCAGAUCUCCAUGAAAGCCUUACUGGACCCCCCUCUGGAGCUGAACAGUGACCACUGCUCAACUGUAAGUCCCGUGGUGGAGAUCAAGCUCAGUAACAUGGAAACAAAGUCAUUCAUUACUCUGGAGAUGAACGUAUCGGUGGCAGUGAAGAAGGACACCUGUCAUCCGGCGGAGGUGCUCUGUGUUCGCAGUGACAGUAAGGAAGGCCCCUACAUCCCCAUCCCCAAUGCUUACGUUUACAAGGAUACAGUCCAAGUACAACUGGAUAGUCUGGAGCCUUGCAUGUAUGUUGCGGUUGUGGUCCAGUCCCAUCGCCUCAGUCACAGUAGGACAGUGUGGGACCAAGUCCAAAGGAAGGUCAUGCUGGGCGUUUACGGACCAAAGCACAUCCACCCCGCAUUCAAGACUGUCGUCGCCAUGUUCGGGCACGAUUGUGCGCCUAAAACCCUGUUGGUUAACGAUGUGGGACACCAAAGCACCUCAACUCCCCCGGUGGCCCUGCAGCUGUGGGGGAAGCACCAGUUUGUGUUGAGCUUCUUGCAGGACUUGCAGAUCGGAUUGUACUCUAACAUGUCCAACUAUCAGGUCAAGCCAAGUGAGGGCACUGGCGUGGUCAGGGGGUUUCAGUUAAAGCUGGGAAAGGUUAGCAGGCUCCUGUUCGUGAUCACAUCCCACGACCCAAACAGCAUCUCAGAUUUCACUCUCAGGGUCCAGGUCAAGGACGCUCUCGACUGUAUCCUGACCCAGUUCUGUGUCCAAACUCCACAGCCACCCCCAAAAGCCGGAGCCAGGGUUACAGGCCAGAGAAGGUUCCUAAAAAAGAAAGAGAUAGAUAAAAUUAUUAUGUCGCCAUUGGCUGUUACCUCUAAAUACCCAAAGUUUCAGGAACGGUGCAUCACCAGCCUGAAGUUUGGCAAACUGAUUAAAACAGUGAUCCGGCAGAACAAAAACACCUAUCUGUUAGAGUACAAGAAGGGGGAUGUUAUUGCUCUGCUCAGCGAGGAGAAGAUAAAACUACGAGGACAUCUGCGGACUAAGGAGUGGUACAUUGGAUACUACCAGGGAAAGUUGGGCCUCAUUCACGCCAAGAAUGUUUUGGUACUGGGUAAGGUCAAACCCAUUUAUUGGUGUGGGCCUGAUCUUACAACCACAAUGCUUCUGGACCAGAUUCUGAAGCCCUGCAAGUUUUUUACGUACAUCUAUGCGACCGUGAGGAUGGUUUUAAUGGAAAAUCUGGGUAGCUGGAGAGCGUUUGCCGACGCGCUUGGAUAUAGUAACUUGCCACUGAACUACUUUUGUCGGACUGAACUCGAUAAUGAACCAGAGAAGGUGGCAUCAGUUCUGGAGAAGCUCAAAGAGGAAUGUACCAACUUGGAGAACAAGGACAGAAAGUCUUUCCAGCGGGAGCUCAUGAUGGCGCUGUUGAAGAUGGACUGUCAGGGACUGGUUGUUCGGUUGAUCCUGGAUUUCGUCUUGUUGACCACAGCGGUGGAGGUGGCACCAAGAUGGAGGGAGCUGGCUGAGAAGAUGGCGCGGGUGUCAAGGCAGCAGAUGGAAGCGUACGAGGCUCCACAUCAGGACAGGAAUGGAGUACUGGACAACGAGUCAAUGUGGAAACCGGCUUACGACUUCUUGCUGACGUGGGCCGCCCAUAUUGGGGACAGCUACCGAGACGUGAUCCAGGAACUCCACUUGGGCCUGGACAAGAUGAGGAAUCCCAUUACCAAGAGGUGGAAGCACCUGACGGGGGCGCUCAUCCUCGUCAACUGCCUCGAUACCCUACGAAGUGCUGCCUUCUGUCCUAUUGGAUAUGGAGACUUUGCUGUCUGAACCCAUUUUUUUAGUACAUUGAGGUCAAUCCGUUUAUGAUAAUAGGAAUGGUCUUUUCAAGAAGUCUGGUUAAUCGGUGAACUUUAGGUCUGAUCUGUUCCAAGUCCUUCAUGAGUUUAUGGUUAUUUCAGAGAAAUACCAACAUUUCAAUAGUGUAAAAUCUGUCUUUUACUUGAUUUUUCCAAGCGUUUCCUUCUUUUUUUGUCUGCCUACACUUUGCUAUCUGGUUGUUUUACAUUUCUUUAACAUUCCCCUCAUGCCUCACAUUCGUCUUCCUAGAGUUUUUUCUCUUUUUCACCUUAAAAAAACAUCAGACACCUCAGUCACUUAGCACUAAGAAAAAAAACUAUCUCUCAGUGGCAUCUCGAAAAGUUGGUAGGACUUUUUGUUUCAUCCAUAAAAGGCAGAUUUUUUUUCAAUAGUAACUUUUUUUGUCAAAUCUUGUGGGAUUUUUCAUGACUGCUUAGAUGCAUUGGAAGACAUCUGUAUUCGCAUUAAGAGUGUAGCUACGUACACACCUAAGAUGUGCAUGAAGGCUUGUUCUUGGACGUGCUUUUAGCAUACAGUGGUGCUACCUGAUACUAGGACCUGCGCCUACAGUUGGCUUGGCGCGAAAUGUCUAAACGGUGCAAAUCUUGCUCCAGGCCUUUUCUUUCACAGCUCUAUCCCGGUAUAUGAAAGACUUGGAGUCAUAGAAUUCCAGUCAGAAAUUAACUGCAAUUAUCAAUUCGUCCUUCGUGAUCAAUUUCUCAACCAUUGGCACUUCUGUAAAUUAAAAAGGACGCAACCUGUACGUUACUAUCAAAGCCGAGUUUGGUCAAAGGUCAACUGGUUUAACUUUCAACAUUAUUAGGCAAGCUUUUUAUCCAAAGAGCCAAAAAAGAGUUGUAGAAAUUUGCGUAGCUACUUUUGAAUGGGUAAUGUGGUCUCUUGAGUGCACAUUUUCAAGUCCGGUGUGAAGGUAGCAUCAACGACUUGAACAUUUUUUGUCUGUGGUCGGUUUCAAUGAAGCCAACUUAAAGCCAGCUUUUACGCUCUGUUAUGAUAGGAAGUGACAUCACCGAACAGUUGCCUUUGCUGAAAUGGAAUCAAAGGCGGUGCAAACAAGCCCGGGAGGUGUUAGAGCCAGUUACAUCUAUUGAAUAAACCGAUAAUCAUUACAAUAGUAAAGGGUUAAAUGAUAAUCUCGGACAUACGAUUCUAAAACUAACCUCCAGUGGUCAUUUGCGAAACUGCGACAUUUCAUACUACAGGCCUUAGCAAUGGUUGGAGCAAACCCCUUUUAGGAAAUGCUGAGGUUUUGACGACACAAUUAACCCAUUAACACCUUACGUAUCUACAUUCUACAUUCAAAUUUUCGUAACCCUUUAGCCGUUUACGCAAUUAUGGUAAUAUGAGCAGAUUCUGAGGCGGAGAAAAGCAACUUUGUGCUAAAAUGCAACACUGUACAGUUUUGAAGUGUUUAUGCAAUUAAUGUAAAUCAGCUAAACACGGAAAAAGAGUUUUUAUAGUAAUUUUUUAUCCGUUUACGUAAUUAACGCAAUUUGAUCAGAGUUUUCCCUAACAUGCAACACUUUAUAACUGUGAAUUGUUAACGCAAUUAGCAUAAAUCAACUGAUUCUGAUGGGGAAGAGAAAACUUUUUCGUAACUUCUAAACCGUUAUCGUAAUUAGUGUAACUUGAGCGGAUGCUAAUUCAAAGACAAGCAACCUUGUGCUAAUAUGCAAAACUUUACAAUUUUAAAGUUGUUUAGGCAAUUUUUGUAAAACCGCUGAUUCUGACACGGAGAAAGGCGUUUUUUAUUGUAAUUCUUUGUCCGUUUACACAAUUAACGUAAUAUGUGCGAAUUCUGAGGCAGAGAAAAGUGACAUUGCGCUAAUAUGCAACACUUACACAUUAUUACAUAAUUAGCAUUAGUCAGCUGUUUGUGACACGGAGAAAUGCUUUUUUACCGUAACUCUUACAGAUUUCGACACAGCGGAAAAAUAUUUGUACCGACAUGAACAUUAGUAAAGUGUUAGCAACAUUUUACGUUAGUACAGGGUUAGCAACAUUUUAUGUUCGUAAAGGGUUAGCAACUUUGGACGUUCGUAAAGGGUUAGCAACGUUUUACGUUCAUAGAGGGUCAUCAACAUUUUACGUUCGUAGAGGGUUAGCAACAAUUUACGUUUGUGAAGGGUUAGCAACGUUUUACGUUCGUAGAGGGUUAGCAACAUUUUACGUUCGUAAAGGGUUAGCAAUGUUUUACGUUUGUGGAGGGUUGCGCUAAUAUGCAAAGCGGUUUUUCUCCCAAUCGGAAUCAGAUGAUUGAAAUCGCGUAAGAACAUGUUAUUUAGGGGUUGCCUGCGACAUCUCCGGUGUUAAAAGUUUAAAUACCAUCGUUUUUGUGUAAUUUUAAUCAUUCCUAUUGAUUUCAAACAAUUCUAACUUGAGACCAUUGAGGUGAAAAAAGUUCUUGAAACCAGGCUGUAAGUAUAUUUCUGUUGCAUGAAAAUGUUACAAUAGAUUUAAAAAAGGAAGGACUUCCAGCAGUUUGAGGUUAUCAUCUUAUACGCUUUCUGAUAUUCAGAUCCUCCAACCGUCCAAGUCCAUCAGAAGACCCAAGUGUUACUAGUGGGCUUCAGUGGACUUCAUAUCGUCACCUUUCAACAAAAUAAUCCAAAAUACUCUGGAAAAAGAGAAUUUAUUUUAUUGUUGUUGAGGUUGAGUUGAAAACAACUGGACGCUCCAAACGGAGAUUUUUGUGUGUGUUGAGACUGAACAGCCUUGCAGUAUGUCCAAAGAUUUCAUCGCAAUAGCCUGAAAGUAUGAACUGGUUUCCUAUUUGAACAAGCAGACAAAAUGUCUAUUUCAUUUUUUUUAUUGUAAUAAAUGCUACUUUUUUUGCUUGAUUCUUUUAUUCAAGAUCCAUUUCAGACCAGAAAAUCUCAAUAUCUUUUCUCUCACUGGCAAGUUGAUACCAAAUGAAAUCAGUUUAAACUUCUUGAUCAUUUUUGUAAUUUUUAUUUUUUCACUUCAUAUUGUUUUAUGUUUAUCGCUACACAAAUUCUAGCUUUAAUGUUUUAACACAUCUGUUUUCAAAAACACAGUGUGAUGGUGUGUGAUGGUUCAGUAAACUCUCUAAUGCAGUCUGACACUUUGCCACUAGAUGGCCCCCCUUCUACAUAAUGGAUCUUUUAGGAAAAUGGGGAAAACUUUACAAAAUCAAAAAAGUUUUUUUUUUUGGGUAAAGACUAUUUUAGUUUGUAUUUUUCCAGCUUUUCUUGUUUGUUCUUGUAUUUUCUUGGGUUUGUGACCACUGCAGUGUUUGGAAUAUAACCACGUGCUGAACAAAUUUCUAUAUUUGUACUGAACGCCAGACGAGUAUUGAUAUAUUUAUAGGUUGAUGUUGUAUCAGCUGUCGGUCGGAAAUCUUAUCAGUGUUUUUCCUUAAAAAGUAUCAAUAAAUCAGAGCUUUAAAAAAACAGAAAUAUGUUUGUAUCCAUCAAAUUCCUAAACACAUUUGUUACUGUAUCUGUUGUGCUGCAACAUUAUC